UCUAAGUCAAGCGCAGGCGCAGGCAGCUGAAUUCACAUCACACUCCAGUGCUCCACUUGCGUCUUCCCCUUCCGUGUGCGUCCCGUCGUCCCCUCCGCCGCUUACCCACACCCAAUCAGCCCCGCCCAUGUCCUCCUCCUUCCCUCAAAGUUGACUACCCAAUCAGCUCCACCUCGCCCUGAUCUCGAUCCGACUCCAUGGAUCGCACCACCAGCAACAGCAGCACCAGUAGCACCUCCGCUGCCAGCCAAAACCCGCACCUUGGCGUCAACAAGCUCGGCCGCUCCAUCCGCAAGGCCACGCCCCCUCCGCCGCCGCAGCCCCAGCCCGCCGCCCGCCCGCCCCAGCCGCAGCCACAGGUCUACAACAUCAGCAAGAACCAGUUCCGCGACAUCGUCCAGCAGCUCACCGCCGGCACCCCAUCCCCGUCCCCUCCGCCGCCUCAGUACCAUCAAUCACACCGCCCGCCACCGCCGCUGCAGUCGCAGCCCAAGCCCCCCUCCAUGCGUCUCCAGAGGAUCCGCCCGCCCCCCAUCGCCACGCCCGUCGCGCGCCCCCCGCCAGUCCACCCCCACCACACCGUCCCCAACACUAACCACAACAAUCCCGUCUUCUACCGCCCGCCGCCGCCUCAGCCGCAGCAGCACAUGCCCGCGCCCGGCCCCGCCUGGGCCGACUCCCCGGUCUCCGCCUACAUGCGCAUCCUCGAAAACUCCCUCUUCAGCGCCACCCCGCCGGGCGCCGCGGCCGCCGCAGCGGCUGCGGCUGCAGCUGCGGGACAGGCGCCUCCUCCGCACCACCCUCAUCACCCGCCUCCGCCGCCGGUGCCGUCUCCAGGGAUACUCCCUUCCCCAAGCGGCUUUCUGAACCUCCUCUCGCCGACGCCCAGGUCGCCAUACCCGCUUCUCUCCCCAGGGUUCCAGCACCCGCCGCCGUUCACGCCCAACUUCCCUGCGCUGUCGCCGCUGCCGGGGACUGGCAUCCUUGGGCCAGGCCCCAUGCCGCCGCCGUCGCCGGGGCUCUGGUUCCCGCAGUCGCCCUCCGGCCUUCUUUCUCCAUCAGGGUUCUUGCCUAUCCUGAGCCCAAGGUGGAGAGAUAUGUAGCCAUGGUGGCUGUCCGGCAGCAGCUGUCCCUGUGAAGGCGGCUGUGUAACAUUUGACGGUAGGGGCGUAGCCACGGUGAGGUCAGUUGGGUCGUCGGCCAGAGUUGGCAGGAGGACACAGGUGGGUUGUAACUUUGGACACCCAUAUUUGUUGCUGUUACUUACUGCUUGUGUGAUUGAUUAGUCAGUCUGUCUGUCUGUAAUGUCUCGGUAAAGGAUAUUGGUUAUAUAUUUGUAUUUGUAUAACUGGGGAAAAUUUUAAUUCAUUCACUUCUCUUAGCUGCAAAAGUUGGACAGGUAAAACUGGGCAUGUUCUAGUUUAGAUUAUCGAGUGACUAAGCUUGGAAACCUGUAAUUGUACACCCGUAGUUCAAGAAAGAUUAGCUCUUUCUGACAAAUCUCGAACUGAUAUUUGUUCUUGGUCUAUCUCUCAAUGCAUGGAAUGAUUUUCCCUGUUCCUUUUUCUUUCCUUUUUGACUAAGAAGAUAAACUUCCUAGACAUCAGCUGGUCGGAGAAUCACUAUCAACAAAUGUUGUCAUUCACACCAUGAACUGUAGGAAGAGCUUAGUGUUAAGAUUGGUGCAUCAUUAUUGUGACUAUUAGUUACUCACAGCAUAUCAUGUGCUAAUUGUGCUCACAUGGAAGAUAAAGGUUGCUUUUUGGCUUAUUUUGGCACUGUGGCAAUGGCAUUUUCUGAUCUCCAAACUGGCCAUAUGCAGUUCUACAUGACCUUUAGUGUUUGAACUGGACAGAAAGCUUCACAGGAUUCCUGCUGUAAAUUUGACAUAGAAACAACUGGCUCCUAGUUACUGCCUAUGAUAUCACAAUUUUGACUUAAUAGGAUAAUAUUGGUCCAUUCCCUUGUCAGGAUAUAAAACGAGAUCUAUUCAUAUUGGUACAGACUUUGUAUACAUUGUGAGCUUAUUUUCUUCCUUACCUUGUCAAUGGGUGAUGAACCCAUAAGUUUAUGCAACAUCAUGAUUGGAGAUACUACUACUUAUAUAGCUUAUGUUUGAAGUUUUCAAUGCCCAAAAAUUAUCCGGAUUGUUUGAUUUUUCUUCAAGUGGUGUCCUUUGGUGCACGCUAUGAUGGGAGUCCCCAAGUUCAAGUCUUUUUCCUAGUAGGAACUCAGGCUAUCGGAAUGGUCUUCUAGGUUAUGAUGCACACUAUGCCAUGAGUUCUCAAAACACAUUUUUUUUCCAAGUGUGGAUUCUCAUUUUGUCUAAAUGAUCUUAUAGUUAUGUGCUGUGUGCUAUAUUAUAGUUUGCUUGUGUCCUCUGUUUAGAAAUUAAUAUAUGACUUAUUCUGCUGGACCCCCUCGGUAUGCAAUGCUAAAGAGGGAAUAAUUAAAGCGUGGUUCUUAUUGUUCUCCUGUAAGCAACUAGUAUUAUAUGUGCACUGCAUCUCCUUCUAAGUAAUCAUCACUUUUGCACAAAUGUCCUAUAAAAUUACUAUUGUAGAAAUCAGUGGCGAAUUUGUUACUGCUCUGUUUCAUUUUUUUAAUUUGUCGUUGUGUGAAUAUAUGCAUGGUUUCUAUCUGCCAAGUCAAUUCAGAUAACUCCGGUUAAAAGGCUUGAGGUAUUUCCUCCUGCAUCUAUAAAUGUUUAUGUAGACUGGACUCUAUGGCUUGCUUGCUACUGAAUCUAGAGCAGUUACCAAGCGAAAUCCUUGCACAAUUGUGAUACUUAAAUGGCUACUUAUAAUUAAGAUUCAAGACUGAAAGUUUUGGAUCUUUGUAUAUCUAUUGAUGGUUCCUGUGUGAGUUGUUUUAGUGUCAUGGUCGAAGUUCUUCCGUGCCAUGUUCUCGCAUUAGGCACUUUGUGAUGGCAUUUUAUAUCCAUGAUGUGCCAUCCCAAGAAACCAAUGCUGUACGAACAUGACCUUUCCACUGUUCAGUGUUUGUAGUUUUAGUUAUGCUGUUCAGAUCAUUCUGCUGAUGUCUAUAUACUUUGUAGUGUAAUUGCAGACGUCAGUCCUAAGAUCUAAAUAUCUAAUGUUUGGUGUUACACCACUUCACCAUUCUACCCACUGGAAUGGAAAAGUAUAUGCUUUAGUUAGCUUAGCUAGGUCUAGAAAGGAAUACUUUAAACUCAUAAAUAUUAUGCACUUUCUCCAUGUUAUUGCUGUUGACGUGCACUUCCAUGCUGUGUCUGGUUUGUAUUGAGGCCUAUCAAUUCUGGAUAUUUUCAUGAAGUGCCUUUUCGGUUUGCUACUGUCUGUGCUCCUCCAGUUAGCUGGAAUAAGUCAGGAUAAUUUCCUGAAGUGCCUUUUUCUGUUGAUAUUUGUUUUUUUGUCUGUAUGAAAUAUGAACUUUGAAGGUUUUUUUUUCUUUUCCGAUUAGCAAGCAUGCGCUGCAUGCCUUUUAUCCUAGUUGAGUUACAAGCAUUGAGAAUGUUAUGGAUAUGCUUGAAGUAUUCUCUAGACUAUUCUUGAUUAUCAACCAGCCAUGUGCUUCAUGCUCAUGUCCUAGUUUUAUUAGGAUUAGAAGUUGUAUCCUCAGAAAAAGAAUAUGACAAAGGCAUCUGAUUGCUUUGCUCGAUUAUAUAAGAAAAUCCGGUGGAUGGUAAUGCUUGUAUUGUGGCGUUACCGCGUGUAGAACAAGGAGCUCUCUAAGUCAGCCGAAAAUUUCGGCACUUGCGUAGACAUUUCUGCAGUCUAGCAUGGAACUUAAAUGAUGUGGCAUAUUCUACUUAAAUUUGAUGAGAUCGAAUAUUAUCUUUGUUGUACCGUUGACUUGGAAACAAGCAAUUUGGCUCCUCGUGAGUGGAGGAGGGUAGACUUGCUGCUCGAUCUGGUCAGUAAAAUCUGAAACGAACUCCACUCAGGGAGGCCUGCAGCACAAGCAAAUCUGUUGAUCUGGCACUAGCAGGUGGCUAUCAUGGUCUCAUCAUCAUGCUUGUUACGACCUUGUUACUUUUCUCUUGGUUUCUUUUGUUAUUGUGGAGAAAUCAAACCAGAGAGCACUUGCAAAAGAGAACGAAAAAUAUAGCGAAAAGCGUAGGAUGGGAAUGAUGGCGAUGUGCCUCCUUGGUCCAGGUCGUCUGCUUGCUUUGUUGCUUACUGGAAGAUUGAGGAUCAGUACGUGAAUACAGCAGGUACUAUAAACAGGAGGAGAAACUAUGGACACCCAUGAUCCACUGAGGAUCUUCAAGAAGACUUAUCUUCCGGUGCAUCUCAAUCUUCUUCAGUUCAAGCAAAUGUCUAUGCUGGAGAGACAGGGACGUUCCAUCCAUCUCCAUAUCUCGUCUCGUGUGCCUCCAACGCAGCGGCCAGAUGAUGAGUGAUUGUUAGCAUUUCUUCAGCUUGUCGAGGGCUGCCUGAUUGCGAUGUAGAGGAUGCAGAAAUCUUUGACUGGAAUGGAUGCUGGAGAACGGUUCCUCAACGACACCAAGUGCCAGACGGACCAGAACAGCGACAGCAUGUGGCCAUACAUGCCAUGAUAAUCCGUCACCUCAAGCUCUACCUUCUUCCACCCCUGUACAUAGUUCCCUUCCUUUCACUUCUCUGUGUGUGUACGUAGCUACCUGGUGAAUCUUACUACCUUGAAGCCCCUUGGGUUAACACCUAUGGUACUGGAGGAAUCCGUUUUAGAUAUUGGACUAUUGGUUACUGAAAUUUCAUCCUUUGUAUAAGACGUUUUAGCUAGAUGGCAACACUUCCUAAUGAUACAUUUUGUACUA